CGUAUUUUAUACAAAACCUUAAAAUUAGAGAAAUAUGUUUAUGUAAAUAGCAACAUAUAGACAAAUACAUAAAAGUUUAAAAUUUAUUUAUAAUAUGGACAAUAAUGUAAACAGCAGUAGCAAUUCAACAAUAUCUACGAUAGCAAAUAACAAAUUACAGAAUCUAAAUAGUAUUAAGCAAAAUUCCAAUUCAUUUUGGAAAAAUAGUGGACGUCCAGUACCAGGUGGAACAGUCGCUGUUAGUAGCGCAAAGGCUAUGGUGUCCACAUUUCGCGACUACCAACAAAGUGUCAGCGAUGCCUGGGAUACUGGCGAUGAUGAAUUUUGUAUUAUGUCAAAUAUCGGUGCUGGUGCACCAAACGAUUCUCGAAUAUCAAAAAAGGUAUCACAAUCGGCAGCCCUUAAUGUCAUUGAAACACAUAGAAAUGUUAAGAGUAGCAAUGAUAAAAUAAUAUUAACAACAACAACUCCAAUAAAAGAAACCAAUAUUAACCAAACCCAAGAAGAAAUUCAACGAAAUGAUCAUUUAGAAAAGGAAAUCAAACCAAAACCACGUAAUUUUCAUGCUUAUCCAGGACGACCUCAAUUACAACGGUUCAGCUCAAAUUCACAAGAUACAGAAUAUGAAACAAAAAUUGAAAAGUUUCAAAUAUUGUUAGACUCGCCUUUACUUGAUUUAGUUGCACUAAAAAAAAUUAGCUGGUCAGGCGUGCCAAGAAAGAUGCGUGCUGUAAGCUGGCGUUUACUUUCGAAAUAUUUACCACCUUCUGGAGAAAGACGCGAUGCUGUGCUGGAGAGUAAGCGUCAAGGCUACCAAGAUCUAAGACAAAAUUAUUUUAAAGUGGAUAGUCAAGACGAAACUCAACAGGAUACUUACAGACAGAUACAUAUUGAUGUGCCCCGUAUGAAUCCCCAAAUCGCAUUGUUUCAACAAAAGUUAGUUCAAGAAAUGUUUGAACGUAUUUUAUUCAUAUGGGCAAUAAGACAUCCAGCUUCCGGUUAUGUGCAAGGAAUAAAUGACUUAGUAACACCAUUUUUUAUUGUUUUUUUACAGGAGACAUUAACGCUUGGUACAGAUUUAGAAAAAUUUGAUAUUAGCACACUUACAGAAGACUCGCGCAAUUCAAUCGAAGCAGAUUCCUUUUGGUGUUUGUCAAAAUUUUUGGACUGUAUACAAGAUAAUUAUAUUUUUGCGCAGUUAGGGAUACAAGAAAAAGUUAAUCAAUUAAAAGAUUUAAUACAAAGAAUAGAUGGCAAUCUACAUCGUCAUUUGCAGACACAUGGUGUUGAUUAUUUACAAUUUUCAUUUCGUUGGAUGAAUAAUUUAUUAACACGAGAACUUCCACUUCACUGCACAAUACGUUUAUGGGACACUUAUUUAGCUGAAUCUGAUGGAUUUGCUGUUUUUCAUUUAUACGUUUGUGCGGCCUUUCUGUUACAUUGGAAAGAACAGUUAAUGCAACAAAAUGACUUUCAGGGUCUUAUGCUUUUGCUACAAAAUCUGCCUACUCACAAUUGGUCUGAUCGUCAAAUAAAUGUUUUGGUGGCUGAGGCAUUUCGUCUGAAAUUUACAUACGCUGAUGCACCUAAACAUUUAGAAGUGAAAAGUUGACAAAGACAUUAUGUUUACGUGGCAUAAAAUCGGUUUAUAUAUAUUUAUUUUUAGGCAUAUAUGUAUUUAAAAAAUUGGUGCCACAUAUUAACAGUUACAUAUGUUUAAGCGACGGAUAAUUCAAUGGUUUUUAAACAUAUAUUAUGUGUAUAUAAUAACGAUGUUAAUGAAAGUUAUAGUAAUAAUUAUAAGUAUGUCUACAAAUUACAAUUGCUUACUAAUAUCCUAAAUUUAAGUAUUAAUAUAAAGAAUAUUUGCAAAACUCCAAGACUAUUA